AACAAUAUAUUUUAUUAAACUACGUAGCAUUUUAUUUGUAAGCCUUAAAGUUGGCCACCAUAUUUGAUCGCCGGUCAACUAUCUAGUAUUUAACUUUGGUGUGGACUCAUUGCCAACUAUAUUCAAUAACAAUAUAUGUGACUUGCAGCUUAUAAGAAUUAAUUCUACGCCAUUAAUUCAAUUUAUAAGAAGUAUUUUGUAUUCUUACAACUAAAUAUUAUUUUUCGUUUGAAUUUUUGAUAAAAUGAAUUUUUUUGGAACAAUUGGUUUAUUUUUAUUUAUAACUUUGUCACGUGGAUAUGAUGAAAAGAAAGAUGUUAAAACUAAUUUAUUAAGGGUCAAUUUAAUUAAAACAAAAAGUGUUCGUUCAACAUUCCUAGAGCUUAACAAUCAAUUCACCCAGCUGAGUAAUCGUUAUAGCAAUUUUGGUGCUGAGCCUUUAUCUAACUACCUUGAUGCCCAAUAUUAUGGUCCGAUUAGUAUUGGUACUCCUCCACAACCAUUCAAUGUGGUUUUCGAUACUGGAUCAUCUAAUUUGUGGAUACCUUCAAAACAUUGUAGUAUUUUAAAUAUUGCCUGCAAAAUUCAUAAUAAAUAUGAUGCUGAACUAUCAUCAACUUACCAAGAAAAUGGAAAAAAAUUUGAAAUUAAAUAUGGAUCUGGUAGUCUUUCUGGAUAUUUAUCUACAGAUGUUCUUACAAUGGAUGGAAUUCAAAUUCAAAAUCAAACAUUCGCAGAAGCUAUUCAAGAACCAGGAUUAGCAUUUGUUGCUGCUAAGUUUGAUGGAAUUUUGGGCCUUGCAUAUGAUACUAUUUCUGUUGAUGGUGUUGUCCCACCAUUUUACAAUAUGUUAAAAAAUGGUGCGAUAAAAGACCCAGUGUUUUCAUUUUACUUAUCUAGAGAUCCAAAUGUUACUCCUGGUGGAGAAAUUAUCUUUGGAGGAUCAGAUCCUGAUAAAUAUACAGGAGAUUUCACAUAUGUUGAUGUAACUAGACAUGGAUAUUGGCAAUUUAAACUAGAUGAAAUUAUUGUUGGGAAUACAUCAAUUGCUAGUGGCUCCUUGCAAGCAAUAGCUGAUACAGGUACCAGUCUUAUUGCUGGACCUGUAGAAGAAGUACAAAAAAUAAAUACUCUUCUUGGUGGUACUGCCAUACCUGGCGGAGAAUACAUGAUUAGUUGUGAUCAAAUUGACAAUCUGCCUGUUAUAACAUUCAAAAUAGGGUCAAAUCCAUUUACUCUAACUGGAAAAGACUAUAUUCUUAAGGUUACUCAAUUUGGGAAAACUAUUUGUUUAUCUGGUUUUAUGGGAAUUGAUAUACCUCCACCAAAUGGUCCACUGUGGAUUUUGGGCGAUGUUUUUAUUGGACGUUAUUACACUGAAUUUGAUUUAGGAAAUAACAGAGUUGGAUUUGCUAAUUGUAAAUAAUUAAUUUUUAUAACAAUAACAAUUUUAAUGGAACUGAAUUUAAUUAUAGGUUGCUCAUUUUUAUUAAUAAUCUAUCCUAAUUGUUUUUUUUAUAGAUUUAAGUAGUUAUAAGUACUUUUAAAUAAGCUAUUUUAUUAUAGUAGAACAUUGUAUUAAAUGAUAAUAAACACGUGUGAUAUUAAAUAA